UAUAUAAUAAGCAAAAAGUGUGAGAGGGAGUUUUCUAGUCCCAGCUGACAAAAAUGGAUCAGUAUGAACGUGUACUACUGAUAAAACAAGAAGUAUUUAUUUACAAAAUACCCCCACGAACUUCGAAUCGAGGUUUCAGGGCAACAGAUUGGAAGUUGGAUGCUCCAGACUUUACUGGAAGGCUUCGUGUUGUAGUAAAAGGAUCAGAAUGUAUCAUAAAGAUUGAAGACAAAAACUCUGGAGAACUAUUUGCCAAAUGUCCAGUUGACAAGUACCCAGGCAUUGCAGUAGAAACUGUGCUGGAUUCCAGUCGUUACUUUGUGCUACGGAUUCAGGAUGAUGCUGGCCAUUCAGCCUUUGUUGGUAUAGGAUUUGCAGAUCGAGGUGAUUCAUUUGACUUAAAUGUGGCUCUUCAGGAUCAUUUCAAGUCUGCAACGAAGGAUGAAGAAUUAGAGCAGGAAUGGGAGAAGGAUGGGAAGAAACAUUUAGAUCUCAGUUUCAAGGAAGGCGAGACUAUCAAAAUCAAUAUGAAUAUUGGAAAAAAAUCUGGAACAUCUCGACCAAAAGCCAAAGCUCCAAUUGGAUCUGGAAAUAUAACUGGUUUGCUCCCUCCCCCACCAGGAGGAGUGAAGAUUCCAAGUCCAUCAGAGUCUGUCUCUCCUGUAGUACCUCAGCCUACUCAACCUAACAGUACUGGUGCCAGCAUUUCUUAUGUGUCUGAUUUACUGGAUUUAGGAGAAACUGCUCCACAUUCCACAGGACCCAUGGAAAAUUGGGGAGACUUUGCUAGUGCUCAAGGCACUGCAAAUAAACCAGAUGGCAAUAAAGCAGGACAAGGGAGCUGGGUGCAGUUUUAAGUUUUUCACUUCUGCACAUCCACUCUAUUUACAUGAGAAGAUAAUUUCACCUCUUCCACAGAAUGAGGCAGCCUAUGGGAAUAUGCAACUGAAACACGAUGAGAAGUACUGUUGUAGUGUGUAUCUGGAGGGGUUAAUGUUUUGUGAAAUAUGGCUUGACAAACUAUUGAUGUUUAGUUGUUUAUUUUAUAGGGAACUGCUGUUCUACAUUUGUUUGGAGUUGUGCAAAGGAUAUACAAUAUGUGAUGUAUGUAGGGGACAACUGCUACAUUUUUUUUGACUUGAGAGUACCAGGAUACUACUUAUUUUGUGACUGGAUAUAUUUCUAGCAUUUGACAUAGGAUAAACAUCAUAUCAGUUGGUGGACAUACAACUGUAAUGUGGACAGAAGUGUAUUUAUUUCUUUUCUUUAAGUACAAGUCACUGUGAACUAAGUAAAAUUUACUGUAUUUGACUUUCCAACUUAUUACAGAUUAGUAAAUAAUUGCUGUAAUUUUACAAUAUAACUAAUGCUGUAUUUGACUGAGAAUUGGUUUGUACUUAGAUAUAUGUAGAAUAAUUACCUGUUAGCUAAGAGACUAUUAUAACGUGUGUAGAUGACUGAUAGAUUUCUGUGAAACUAUCAAUGUGAUUUCGAGUACUACUAUUCUGUGUGGUAUACAUAUGUGGAACUAUCUUCACUGUUUAGCUUGUUACUGUUGUUUGGGGUGAGAUGUUCUCUAUAUUGGUAAGCUAUAUGUAAUGUAUAUUUUUUCAGUUACUUAGUCUGCUGUACAGAGCAAAAUGAAAGUUGAGCAUAAAUUAUUUAAGCCAAAUAAAAAAUAAGUUUGGAUGUUAAUCUUGGCUGCAUAACUGAAUCAAAACAUGUGAUGAUGUUUAUAAUUUUAUGCAUAAAAAUCUUCCUGAUAAUAGUUUAUCUUUUAAAAGUGAGAACUGUAAUACAUUCUGCAUGUUAUUUUUUAUCUGAUCAUGGCCCAAGAUCUUAAUAUAGCAGCUGUUAUUUUAUAUAAAGUUGCUAGUACAAUUUUUAUUUCUUUAUUGGACCAUCCUUGCCUUCACUGAAUUGCUUUGAUAAUAGUUUCAAUGUAAUUGUUUUACUUUAAACUGGUUUUAUUUUACUUCCAAAAAGCCUUUUUUCUCAUUUCUUUUUCUGGAUCACAUGUCAUGAAAUUCUCUUUUUGCUUGUUCAGAUCUGAAGAAGUGAUAUAGAAAUUUGAUGAAACAUAACCCAGAAAAAGAAAGAUAAGAAGACUUUUCAGGAGUAAGGAAAACCAGUUUUAGACUUUAAAUUUUGAUGGCAUGGUCUAGUUUCUGAAAAAGUUAUGAACAAGUUAACAAAAGCCGUUUGUGCUACACUAAUUUUCCACUCAUUAUGUUCAACACUGAAACUAAUUUCUUCAUCAGUCAGUCUAACUCACAUGAUUGGUUGCAUCUUUUUACUCUUCAUAUAUGAUCUCUUGCUUUCUCAAUGAAUGUGAAAAGAACUUGCUCUUAUUAGACUCCUGUACCCAAGAUUUUACUCUUCAUAAGUCAAUUCUAAGUAACAUAAUGGAUUAACAUAUAUUUUGAGAAAUCCCUAUUUUAAGGUGCUUCAUAUUUAGAGAUGUCCACUGAGAGAUACUUCUAAGAUAACCAUCAUAUAACUUUUCUUUCCAAAAGAAUAUCACCCUGGUUUUUGAUUCUUGUUCAGUCUUUGAACCAUUUAAUGUUUUAUAGAUUUCUUUAUACAGUGAGUUUUAUUUGCUUUAUUAUAAUGUCCCUGUUUUAAUUGAUUCAUGAAACUGUCCUUGAAAUAGAAAUAAAAGCUUAUUGUGUGUCAGUUGAAAGUAAAUUUCAUGUUGUAAAGAUUUGUAAUAAGUUUAUAUCUGUAAGAAAAAGUUUUACUUACAUAAGUGAAGUCCAAGAUCCUAUACAGCAUGAUUUUGAUAUCAUUACUUAUAGUAAUGGAUAAAGUCAAUUGAUUACUGAAACGUAAUAUAUAGUUUAACUGUUUUAAACUCAAAAAAUUAUAAGUGAAGUUUGGGAAUAUGGAUAUUAGUUUAUCUGACAGUUCAUCAAAACCAACAAACAGUUUCAGUAGUAAAAUAAAAAGAUGUUGCUAAUGCUAGAAAAUUUGACAUUUUUCUGACAAUUAUUAUACUAUAAACUUGUUUAAAUACAGAGACCUAUGAAUGCUAAAAAUCUCUUUAGGGCAUUAAUUAAUAUACACAUUUAAGUUUGAAAUUAUAGAGAAUAAAUUCUGGUUGGUGUAGCUCACACAUGCACUCAUUAAAAGAAGAAAGCAAAGUACUUGCAUUUUUAGGACUAAUUUAAGUAAAACAUAAGAUAAUGAGUAAUAAUGGUUGGAGACGGCUUCAAAAGGCUAAGAAAAAAAACUUUAAUUUAAACUUUAAAUAA